CUGCGGAGCGACACGGUGACCCUGCCGUGCGCGGCCAUGCGCCGCGCCAUGGCCCGCGCCGCCGUGGGCGACGACGACUACGGGGAGGACCCGGCCGUGAACGAGCUGCAGCGCCGGGCCGCGGGGGUUCUGGGGACGGAAUCGGCUCUGUUCGUGCCCACGGCCACCAUGGCCAAUCUCAUCGCCGUGAUGUGCCACUGCCAGCGCAGGGGGGCUCAGCUGUUCCUGGGCCAGGACGCCCACCUGCACCUCUACGAGCACGGCGGGGCCGCGCAGGUCGCCGGUGUGCACUCCCAGGCACUGCCAGAUCUGCCGGAUGGCACGUUCGACCUGGACCAGCUGGAGCUGACCAUCCGUGAGGCCCACGGCAGCCGGUACCACCCGCGUCCUGAGCUCAUCUGUCUGGAGAACACGCACAGCUCGGCGGGGGGCCGGGCACUGCCCCUCACCUAUCUCAGGCAGGUCCGUGGGCUUGCAGACCGUUACGGGAUGCGGGUGCACAUGGACGGCGCACGACUGAUGAACGCGGCGGUGGCCCAGGGUGUGGAGCCAGCUCAGAUUGCCCAGCACUGUGACUCUGUGUCUCUGUGCUUCUCCAAGGGCCUGGGUGCCCCGUCUGGUGCGGUGCUGGCAGGGCGCAGGGAGUUUGUCAGCGAGGCCUGGCGUGUGCGGAAGCUGCUGGGCGGGGGCAUGCGGCAGGCGGGAGUGCUGGCAGCCGCUGCCCGCCUCGGGCUGCAGCAGGCAGAGGAGACGCUGCGCAGGGACCACGACAACGCCCGGCACUUUGCGGAAGGUAUCCAAGCGCUGGACUCUCCCCUCUGUUCCAUCAACCUGGCAGCAGUGGAGACCAACAUUGUGAUGGUAAAUGUCCAGGGGGCCUGGCCGUCCCCCGCCGAGCUCUGCGACCGCCUUCGUGCUGUCGGCGAGGAGGAGGUGGCUGAGACUGGGCAGGCUGUCAGCGUCCUGCUGCUGCCCUGGUCCGCACGGACUGUGCGCGCUGUCUGGCACCGCAACGUAUCGGCCCGUGACACUGAGCUCGCAAGGAGAAAGCUGGAAUUUGUGGCCAGGAAGUGCCAGGAGGAAUUGGCCUUGGGGCUACAUCCAACGCCUCCAGGCACUGGGGGAGCCUGAGCAUUCUGCCAGCCCUGCAACUGCAGCAGUCAGGCAGCCCAAAGCAAGGACUGGAAAUGGUCCCUUUGUGUUCCAGAUGUUUUCCUGGCCAUCUGAAACUUGACAUCAGCCCUCAAAGACAGCCUGACAAACCAAUGUGAGCCCAGGCUAGCGGAGACUCCAGCCCUUGAGGCAGUUAGUGCACAAAAUAAACGCGUU